GCGCAGUUAAACUCACUGCCUUUAAACUGUAGGGUGCUGCUAUUAUCCCUUGACGAAAUAUGGUGCAUGACUUACUAAAACCCUAAUUUAUUUCUCCUAGUGUAGUAUAUUAUGUUUCAAAUUAUAGCUUGGUGUGCUCGAUAAGUUAGUAGUGAAGCCAUUCUGUAACUUGAGGCUCCGCUUUGUAUUUCGGAGGUCGACUUCUUAAAAGUUGUAGUCUGGUUUUUGAUGAUAAUAAUAAGCUUCAUGUUUGGCGUGCGUUUCUAGAAGCACUCUGUAGUGGUGGAAACGACAGGUUUCCGUAUUUUAUUUUUGGACUCAACCCCCAUGUCGGUAACUGGGUAUUCGGUUGGUGUUAUGGGUUCUCGCACAAGCUUCUAAAAGUCAAGUGCAUGAAGUGUCUUUUCGGAGCAAGAUUCAGUUGCUAACGAAAUUCCACGCGUAGUUGAUUAUACUGAGUAAAGCAUUUAUUACCAUAUUUCCAUGAUAGCUGUGUUGUUUACACUUUUUCAUGUGUUGUAAUCCUUCAGGCUGUUUUUGUCUAACAGUUUUGCUAUUCUGAAUUUAAACAUUUACGCCUUUAAACAGUCAAUGGUUAAACCAGCAUCAAUAUAAUUUUGGUUUGUUUUUAGUGCAUGUGUAUGGUCGUUGCUAACUGAAAUGUUAUACACCUUGAUAAGCUUCAAGGACUAUAUAGUUUCGACACAAUGGAGUAUCUUGUGCUGAUUUUUGCCACUUAAUCCGUUUCCAUACGUAAAUGGUACCAGUUAUUUAAAAAAAAAUGAAAUCAGGCAAAAUUCUACUUAUAUAGCCAUUGAUUGCUUCAACUUUGUUUGGACUGCUAGUUAGCUAAAUACCUUACUACUACUGCAGCGUGUUCUGUAUGUUAAUGACUAUGCAAUUGCUUCUGGAACUUACAAGUAAUUAUCCAAUCAUAUCCGUCAUUACAAAUAUUACAGAUAGAAGCAUUUCUAUUCUUGAAAACAAUUAUCAUUUAUUAAUGUAAAAUGGCCGACCAAUAGUUCCUUACACCGUUAAACGUAUUGUAAUUUGACAUAAUUCUCACUUCUUUACUGUGUUUGUGAUGAUUCAGCGAUCGAGUACACAACUACAGUUCGUCAUAAAAUAACAUACGUUUGAUAUCCCAAUGAGCAGAAAUUACAAUAUCUGAAGUUUCAUAACUUAUUGUAUGCUUCAAAGUAAAUAAAUAAAUAGUGAAAACCCACAGUUGCACUCUUUUUGUAAACAGGAAAGAUGUGUGACAAAGCACAAGACAAAUUUAAUAUGUUUAUAAGUUGCAAAAUGUAUGUUUUGUCGCUAUCCGAUGAUAUACGUAGGUUACUAAAUAGCUAUUAAACUUAAGACUUCAGCUAUCGGUUAAGUCUUGUUCCGUUAUCGCUCUGCUUAUGAAUAUAUUUUAUUUGUUUGUCAUAUAUAUUUUUGAUUAAAAUAGCAGGUUUUCGCUUUAAAACUUUUCUAUCCACCUGAAAAUAUCACGGCAGCCCACAAUUGAAUUUAACAUUUAUUGGCUUGUGAUGUGAUAAUUUAUUUGAAUGCUUUUAAAUGUUUUACAGUAUGCUCGGUAAAACAACGUACAUAAAUCUAAUUUUUUCAAAACGGGAAGAUCCUUAAAGUUACGAUGACAGUACUCUUUUUAAAAUACGUUAACACUUUGUGUAAAUCACAUUUUAGAAGGAUCAGAACAUUUUUCACAACACCAAAACAACGAAACCUUUUUGCUAUGUAAGUUCAGAUACCUCCAUCAUGGUUGCCCUUCCUAUCCUCGUACUCAUAUAUUUUGUGUACAAGUUAUACAAAAAAGGUUAAUCUAUACCACUGAAGAUAAUUUUAUAGUUUCUGUUUACCUGUUGUUGCUCAUAUCAAAACUUGUGCUUUUUUAUAAUCUUACCCAUACGUCAUAAAGUCGACAUAUUACGAAAAAGGCUUUUAGAAUCGUUGAAUGCGAAAUUUAUUGAUAGUACUGAUUAUGUUUUUAUUUAUAAUUACACACAUAAAAAGUUAUGAAAUAGUAAACCUAUAGCUUUAUCUUUAUAGACAGUCAGCUCGUAUUGAAGCUAAACAAAAGAAUAAAAAAUCGUGCUGUGAAAGUGAAGAAGAAGGUGUUUCAGAAUAUUGUUUGAGAACUAAAAUUCCCGGUGAGUCAUUUUCUUCUAAGAGCACAGUUUAGAACCGCUCAAAAGUUCACUAGAAGUUUCGUUGUAUGGUUGUUAUUUGUCGUCAGUUAGUCAUAAAACUGUUUUAGGCAAGUACUUCUUCCAGAUUGUUAAGAUACUGACAACGUUUCAUUUGAAUAAUUCAAGAAAUGUUAUCAACUACAAUCUGGAUGUAAUAGAGUAUAAACUUAUUUUGAAUGUAGGCUAUUGAGUAUAAGAGAGACACUAUUUUAUGAACUACCAACCUUAUCGUCUGUUUUGUUUCUUAGAUACUUUGCUUUAUACUCAAAGAAUAAAGUAAACUAUGUCAAAAGACACUAUAUUUUGAAGGAUUAUUCACCUUAAAUUCAUUUAUUACAAUCAUUGCAUCUAUCAAUUCCUAUCUUCCAAAAUUUUCAGGUCAUCAAAGUCAAUCCAUGCAUUAGAGCUGCAUGUCGUUGAAGCUCUAUUAGUGGUUCUUCAGCUGUUUCACAGUAAACACCAGCUACACAUCGUGUAAUACCUAAAAAAACAUUUCUAUGUCUUCUUUAGAUAGUAAUCUGUAUAUUUUAGUCAAAGUAGUUGAUUGAAUCAUUGUACAACAUGAUUAAUCAGUAUAUAUGUGUUUGUAAUAGCAUUACAUUUGUUUUUACAGAACACAGACCAGCCAUUCCAAAUUUGUUGUCUUCAAGAUUAUAUUAGUUUAUAGCUAAUAAUGUUGUAUGAUAUGGCUUAAAUUAGAUCAGUGUUUCGGUUGUUUCCAUUCCUUCUUUUUGAAUCCAAUUUCCUCUAUUUGGCUUUCUAUUAUUAUUUAUAUUAUCGUCUUGACUCUUUUACUCCCGAUCUUAUCACUUUCCUGUCAUUCUGACAGCUUAAAACAAAAAUGUAACAAAUUGGACCAACAUUUGUGUCAGAUACUACAUUGUUCAUCACUAAUUGACAUGGACAGAUAUCGUGUAUCUCUCAUGAUGUAUUGCAUAAAGAACGUAUUCGAGUAAAAAUUAUGAAUAAAUGAGAUGUGCGAAAUGUCUUAUUGAUUGAUAUUUCAUACAUGAACCAGAGGUAUGAUUACGACAGUUUUUGGUAUCGGUGUAAUCUGACGAAUAAGACAGUCUUUAGUAAAAACGUUUUGUCACAAGCUAUUUUACUUAAAUCACUGUCCUGUCUUUUAAGUGCGGUAUGAAUGCUUUUAUAUCCAAUUCCAUUCCUCAGCCGACAUUUUUACAGCUAUCACAAUUAGUUCAAGACAACAGUUAGGCUAAAUUUUACAAAUUUAUAAUGUAUUCGGUCGUCGUUCGUGGUAGUUGUAUCUUGAACAAGUUACAAAUAAUUUGAUAAUAAGUCCUUUUUUGUAAAGAGUUUCAUUAGAUUUGCUAGGGUAACGCAUCUGAGGUAGAUGAAAUUUAGAAGAUUAUCUUGGAUUCUCGGGAAUAUUUAUACAUAAGAAAUAUGUAAUCACUAAGUGAUUCCAUAACAGAUAAUCAUAGGUUAAAUUAAAACUCACACUUAAGGUAAUGAACUCAACCUUAGCAGUCAAUUUCAACGUUCGUAGGCACAGAAAUGAUCUGUUCAAUAUGGUUGAGUAAAUAGGAUAUAUAUCAACCAGUGAAAAGACAUUUGAUUCACCAAUAGUUAGUUUAGCUAAAUAGGAUAUAAGAAAAGUAAUAAAUUCCAGUUACUCAUAUCUAGAACGUUUGUAAUACACAACUGUAUUAUUGAAUUUUUCACACAAACUUUGUAGUUGCUGGUUCUUGUUUACUUUAUAUUGAUUUAUCAGAAAAGGUAAAAACAUUUCUACUUUUCAUGCACACUUAUCUUACUAAUUUAGGUGGUCUCACAAAACAAAUCAAAAAACCAUCUUCACGUGUGAAAAUAAACAAUUCUGCUCGCAAAAAACGUACAAAAUCUCGUCAUUCUAAACAGUCACAAGAUUUAAGUAAUUGUUCUUCAGAUUCUGAAGAAAAUGACCCUGAAAGAUUAUGGUGUAUAUGUCGACAACCUCAUGAUGAAAGGUAAGUAAUAUACUGGCAACACUGGAUGUAGUUGGAACUCAGUGUUCUAAAUAAUCCAAGCGUACUUAUUGUUCAUGCUGUAUAAUGAACUCGGGAACAUAAUGACUAACCAUAUUACACUUCAAGAAUAAUCCACAACAUGGAAAAAAUACCGAAGUGUAUGAUGACUUAAUAUUGAAGCUUACUUACUUACUCUUGUUAUCAUUCAGCAUUCUCCAUCGAACUCUGUCCUGGGCAAUCCUUUCCAGUUCUUUUUUAUUCUUUUGAUGUCUGCCUUCAACUCCCGAUGAAUUGUGGCACUUGGUCUUCUUCUUUUCCUGUUCCCUUCAGGAUUCCCGGUUAGGGCUUGUCUCGUAAUAUCGGAUGAUUUCUGCAAAGUAUGUCCUAUCCACUUCGUCUUUCCCUAAUUUCCUUUUCAGUUGGAAGCUUAUUUUUUCUCUGUCGUAGUAGGUUGUUACUGAUAGUAUCCGGUCAUUCAGUAUCUUGCGUAGACAAUUGUUUACGAAUACCUGUACUUCUUUGAUGAUGGUUGUAGCAGCUGUCCAAGUUUCACCUCCCUUCAGUAUAACUGUUUUGACGUUCGUAUUGAAGAUUCUGAUUUUGAUAUUGGUUGACAAUUGUUUUGAGUUCCAUAUGUUCUUCAUCUGUAGGAAUGAUGCCUUUGCUUUCACAAUCCUUGCCUUUACGUCUGCAUCGGAUCCUCCUUGCUCAUCGAUAAUGCUACCCAGUUACGUGAAGGUUUCGACCUCUUCCAGAGUCUCACCAUCAAUAAUAUCCAAGCAGAAAAAUUAAAAUAACACAGUUCUAUUUAUAUGAUAACAAAAUAUCACUGGGAAACAGAAAAAUUAGAAAACUAAAAGUGAGAAGAAUCAUUCGGAAGAUAGCGGUGUUUAUGCAGAAAUAUGAAUUAAUAAAAUUCAGCUUGUAGUUAUCGUUACAAGAAACAACCAACAUUUAUUCAUGAAACUAGGUUACGUGGGAUCUUAGCAGUAAUAUGACUACUGGAAGUAGAUUCGGAAAUUUCUAAUGCAUUAUACUUACUAUUACUGUACUUAUAUUAAAUAUAAUUGUAAAGGUUGAGAGAAGAGAACAAAUGAUUUAACUCUAGCAAAUCACUUUAUUAUUUAUUUAUCCAUUUAAACACAUAAACAUUGGUACAAGGAUGCACCAAAUAGAUAUGCGCCACAUAAAUCACUCGAUUUGUGUAAGGGUUGGGAUACUGCUCAGGUGCCCAAACCGAAGCAGGUAGUUUUCUUAGGAGGCCACACUCGGAGCCUUCGACCUAAAAGUUCGGUCCACAAGGCAACGGAGCAUCGUGAAGAGACGCAGUCCCAUGGUAGCCGGUGACCAACAAUCGGUUCAUACGCCAUUUGUUUCCUCAGGAUACUGGAGCCCAUGUGCACCACUGGUUUGGAAUGAGGGUUUUCCCACUCCCCCAGGUGAACUCUCAGUGUCUACCAACCCGAUUAACGCGCCGGACAUUCGCUUUUCGUCCUCUCGAUUUCGUAAACAACACCCCCACCACAAGAAGGCUGUGAACGACAUAUUUAUAGUUGUUAUCUGUAAUAAGUCGACGUAAAUUCCAAUAGACUAUGAGCUUUUGUGUUUCUCUCGACUACUGAUAUAGUGUUGAACACCAAAGAGUGUAGUUUUCCCGUUUACAAAAUGGACAUUAUUUUGUGUAACAUGAUGUAAUAGUCUAGAUUCCAUGUAAUAGACGUUUUGUAUUCCAUAAGUGAUCAAUCCAUUAUGAUUGAUACAAUUGUUUCACACUUUCUUUCUUAGUUCAACUAAACUCUCAGAUAAAUAUCUGAAACUUAUUUCGUCUUUCAUAAGCCUUCAUGUUGCUUCAGAUCUUAGUAUCAAAAUGUUUAACAAUAUAUGGUAUGUAUGUUUGUUUUCUAAAAAAAUCUUCCGAUCCUAGAUUCAUGAUAUGUUGUGAUCUAUGCGAUGAAUGGUAUCAUGGUGAUUGUGUUGGAAUUAAACCAGAAGAAGGUAAAUGUAUGGAAAAAAAUGAAAUCGAAUUUGUCUGUGAUUCAUGUAAAUUAAUGGGUGCUUACACAGGCAAAAAUGAUCAAGUUGACCAUCUACAAACAUUUCCUGGUUCUGAUAAUGGUAAUGAAUUUAUGUCGACACAAUUUGCUCCAAUCAUUGAUACAUCUGUAUCGCCCACCAAUCUAUUGACAGCAACCAUAGUAAAUAGUUUAAGAUUACGUUUAACUGAAGAAGCUGAAAAAGAACGUGAUCGAAUAGCUACUAUUUUACCAGAGACAGAUAUAGCUAUGAAAUGUCCUUCAGAAGAUGAUAGUUCAGUUUCUGAAUCAUUUUCAACUUUAACUAGUGUAGAAGAAACUCCAUCAUCUGUGGUCACUAAUGAAAAUAAAUUAUCUUCCGUAAACAAUUCGUGUGUUGUUAACAACACAAAUAGUUUACAAUCUGUUAAUUUCACAAAAGUCCUAUCACGUCGAAAGAAACGACCACGAAUUAUUUUAAAAAAUGAAAUAAAAGAACAAGUGAAUUCAACAAAUUCAUGUUUAGGACCGAAUUGUGAUAAAACUAUUAAUCCUCAAGUUAGUGUUUAUUGUAGUAACAGGUGUUUGAAAGCUUACGGACUCGAUGUACUUCAAACAGUUUGCAGAAAAUAUGACUCAACAGAUCCUCUAAAUAAAUCGGGUCAUAAUUAUCGUUUAGAUGGUCGUAAAACACUCGUUGUCUUAGAUCGUAGGAGUGGAACAGUUCUAAAUGGUACUAGAGCACCAACUAGUGAUUCUUUGAUUGACUUUUUGUCUGCCCAUCCCACGUUUCAAGUUGUUUACAGUCGUCAGAAAAAUGAUCGAUUUCAAAAGACUUCAUCUUUGAAUCAAUCGAAUAAAUGUUCUGGACAAAAUGAAGGAUCGUCAAAUGUGAAUAAAAUCUCAUCGGAGUAUGAUCCAUCCCGUUCACCUUCGUCCAUAUCAUCUGAAUCAAACGAUAAAAACAAUAAACAACGGCUCUUGACGUCUGAGAAUGUUGAGCGUAUACGAAAGAAGUAUCAAUGUCUUCUAUUUGCACUACUUGAAAAAAGAACACAAACCUCACGUCAUAUUUUCACAGCUAAUCGUUCUAGAUUGAAAACUUUAGCUACAGAAUUGGAAGGUGUAAUCUCUGCCAGAAAUAACUUAACUAACUAUUCUACAACAUUAGAUGGAUCUUCACCACUGACACAAGAUUAUUCAACAUAUAAAUGUCAACUACAUUUAUUUCUUAAUUGUUUAGAUAAUCCUUGUAUUUCAGAGAAAUCCAAUAUUCUUAAUAAUACGACUUCUACUACUGAGUCAUCUGUAAUGUUACGUGAUCAAUUUUUCGACUCACUAAUUAGCGGUACAUUGAGACCUAUUGAUUUGGCACAUUGUCAAGACGUAAAAACAUUGGAAUCCAUAGUGAGGCGUACUUGUUUAACAGAUAAUACUCAUAAUAAGUUGUCGGCUUUCACUUCAUCUGUCUCAUCAUAUAAUAUAAAUACAAAUCAUUCUGAUGUCGUAUAUGGAUCUAUUCCGACUAGCUGUACGGGGAUUUCCUCUUCAGAUAACUCUCUAUCUUCUGAUCUUCAUACAGCCACAACAGUAACAACAUGUCAAUCGACUGAAAUUACUAACACUACCACUAUAGCAAAUGAAUUACCAAUAUUGGAUACUACAAGUGAACAUGGCAAACAUUUAUAUGAUAUGCAUUGUAAACGUUGUACAAGUCAAACAAAAGCAUUUACGAAACAAUCAUCUCAACAACUACAACAACAGUUGCCAAAAAAAUCAAUGUCAUCCCCUUCUAAUAGUGCCACUAAUGUUUGUGAUGGACUAUCCACAUUGUCUGUGAAAACAGAACCCCGUGUUAGUAGUACAUCUUCUGGAGAAAAGGAUUCACCAUUUCUCCCAAGCCCUGUUGAAUCGCUUCAGACAAAAGUAUCAGUAGCUACAUCAGAUAGUUUACUUAUUCAAGAAGCAGUGAAAUUAUCUCCUAAUGAUUAUUCCACACUAAAAAGAACAAAUUAUUUAGAAGAUACGACGAAUGUCAUAAAAUGCAUGGAUCCAAGACGAAAAGAAACAAAUCCACUACAUAGUUCGUUCGAUCAAUAUACUCCUAAAAUCAAAUCGAAUUUAAAACGAUUAAAUGAUCAGUCUCUAUUUGAACCAUCUACACAAGAUAGUUCUAUUUCAACAAAACCACUCAAUAGCUUUUCUCAUUCUCCUAAUUAUCAUCCACCAUCCAGUGGUGUUUCAACAGGUCUGUUAGAUUUGCCUUUACCACCAGCACAACAAAUUAGUUUGCAUAAUAAAUCAUCAUUCAAUUCACAAACGAACUACGAGAAUAGUUAUUUAUUGUCGAAUCGGGAAAAAUUCAAUUCAAAACCUUGCCUAUUAUGGUCUGGAAUGUUAUCAUUAUCAACACAAUAUUCUGGUCGUGAACAUAUGUUCAGUUUAGAGAUUAAUGUUUAUCCUUUUGGAUAUAUUCAACCGAAAAUAUUAAAUUAUCCUGGUAAUAAUGAUAAAAAUGAAAUGAUCCAAUGGGAAUCUUUAUUAAUUGGUAAACAAACAUCACUCGUUGUUAGUCGUGGAGUGAAUUUAAUCAGUUUACCAGUUUAUUUAGGACAGACAUUGUUAGAUUCAACACAUCCUAGAGAAUUGCUUGCACUUCGUGUUACACCGAGAACUAAACAGAUGUCUCAUAUCUAUAAAGAUAUAUUUAAUCAUUUAAAAGAGAUCAAUGCAUGUGGUAGUUUAGAACCGCGUUUUCAGGGUAUAAAUGAUUGUUUACUCUAUCCAUUGAUAGGAAAUACUCAUUUAAAAGAUAUACUACUACCGGUGGAUUUGUUAUCGAAAUUCCAGUUAACUGGAUGUGAUGCCGUUGUAGAAAAUCAAUUAUUAAUUAUAUUGACUAGACCAAUCAAUGUGACAUCAAAUGUCGAAAAUAUUUCACAUCCUUUACCAUCGUUAUUAUCAUCAUCAUCCUCACCGCCAAUAUUGAAUCCCGAUCAAGAGACACCGAGCAAUACAGAAGAAAUCGCAGUUCAUUUGCCGUCAGAUGAUAAAUUAUGUUCACCUUUGUUUAAUUCAUUGUCGAAAGACGCUUACGUACCAACUCCUGUUCAGUUUAAUGAAGAAGCAUUAUCUACUGAAAAUAUCAAAAUGGAGAAUCAGACUGUUGAAACAUCUUCAAUAGAUUCUGUUGGUGAUAUUGAUCUUCGUCCUUUAAUCGCAAAUGCCACUAUCAACAAUGUCAACCAGUCAUUAUAUCCUUCUACUCAACAAUGGUUCUCAUCAUCUACUGAAGAUGUUGAUUAUCGUAAAUUAAUUCCACAACCUCCUAUUCAUCCUGGAUGCUCUACACCACAAAAUGUAUACAAUAAGUCAUCUCCACCCAUGAAUAAUGAUUACAAGAGUAGUCAUAGUAGUAAUAGAAGUGUACCCAGGUUUCGGGAAAAAACGACUUCCUUGUCUUCUAGUAAAAGAAUAUAUACAAUUAAACCUACUAAUUACCAACCAGUCCAUUCGGCUCGCCACUUGUUACCUGACCCAGUAAGUAGACGAAACUCAUGUGUUACUCGUUCUCCUCUUCCGUCUACUAAUCCACUGCCAGUCACUAUCAACAUACAACGUUCGAAUCCUUGCGCUCUUUUGCCUACACCAUCUAUCAGGCCAUUACGUCGUCCACCUUCCUCCCCCUCAUUAUCAUCACGUCGGUCAUCGCGUAGGCCGUCACCACGUUUGUCGAGGUCUCCACGUCCUGUUAGCUCUCGCAAGAAGCCAUCUGUAAUUGUUCAUAGUUAUAAUCAUCAUAACAAACAUCGUCAUUCACGUUUUCGUCAUUAAAAAAACUUAUUUUUAUGUAUAGUUAUUGUUGUACUUUUUGCGUAAGCAAUUCAUUUACACUACUAGAUAUGUGUGUUUUUGUGAGACUUUGUGUGUAUUUAUUUAUGUCUUCAGUAUCGUUUUCCUAUUAGCAUUUUACUUUUCCACACCCGUUGAUUAGUUCAUCCAUCAGCCCUGAUCUUCAUCACAGCAAUAAUUUCUUCGAUAUAUUUCAUGUAAAAACUUUGCCACUAUUAUUAUCCGUGUGUUGUUCAGGAGUUUUUUUGCUUCACAUAACUGUUAUAAUUAUUCAACUAAUAUGCACGAGAUCAACAAUCACUACUAUAUUUGUAUGUAAUUUCUAUCUCGUUCUAAACAAUUUUUAUAAAAAUACUGUAUCUCGUGUGUGUGUGUGUGAUUUUAUUUUCUUAGACAGUUUUUUUGUGUUGUUUUGCUAACACAUAUCCACCAGUGAGUACGUGAUUGUGUCCAUCCCUUACCUGUUACUUAUGCCUUAAUUAUUUUUAUAAUUUUUCUUCAUUUUUCAUAAAACUUUAAAUUUCAAAGAAGUACUUCAGAAUAACAUGUUCUUAUUAUUAUCAUCACUGUUUCCUUCUUGGGUGUGUACAGUUUCAAACCUUUACAAGAUGAGUAAACAUUUUAACUAAU